AUGAUCAUCCCCUUUUACAUCAAACUUUUUUUACUCACCCUUUCCAUUUGCGUUUGGCAACCCCAGAGCCAAGUUAGCUCCUCCGAGAACAACAUCCGACGCCACGGAUGCGGACGGAAGUUGUCCGAUUAUGAAACCUCCGAGUAUGAUACCUCCCGUUAUGAAACCUCUGAGUAUGAGACCUCCAAUUAUGGAUCCGACUUCACAGAUGAGCCAUCCUCCACAAUUAACAGUAACGAAGAGGAUAACAUACUUUCUGACUCUAAUGAAGAAGAUGAGGGUUACUUACAGCAGUAUUUAAGUUCUAGGAUACAUAGGGAAAGACUACACAGAACGAGAAGAGAGUUUUAUGAUUUUGUAGGGUCUCUUGAUAGUGUCGAUUCUUUAGGCUCAAGAAGAAAGUUGGCAAAGAAGAUUGUGUCUCAUCUUAGAAAACACGAAACAUUCGACUAUGAUGAAUUAAUGGACUACAUAGAUACCCAUUUAGAGGGAGAACAGAAAGAAAAAAUGAAAUUGUUGGUGGAGGAGUUGAAGGAAUAUAGAGUAAAAUAUUUACUCAUGAAGUCUCGUUUCAAGAAUAACGCGAAAGAACUUCGAAAACAGAUGAAGAAGAAGUUUAUGUUUAUGAUCUUACUAGGAGCCUCAAUCAUCACUUUAGCUUUGUUGUUAUCCAUCAUCACGUCGAUGCCUAUUGUGUCGGCUUCAGCUGUGGCAGCCACUCCUGUGGUGUCUCAUACAAGCGUUGUUUUCUAUGGACCCCUUUGUCACACGAUGCAUGUCCCCUUUUAUCUCGUCUACGUCUAA